UAAUAUAAUAAUUCGAUAUAAUAAUUCGACGCAAUAGUUAAUAGAAGAAAUAAGUAAUAAAAAACGUUUUAAUUGUUUUAAUUGAAAGAUAAAAGAGGAUUUAAGCCAAAUUUAAUCAGAUUUUACUUGAACAUAUUGAUUUGAAUAAUAGUAUUUUCAAGUAAACUUCAACUUUUUACAAUGUCUGAAAUUCAGAAAUUCGAAGUUUUAUUUAUUUUGGGAGGUCCUGGUGCAGGUAAGGGUACACUGUGCAGGAACAUUAAUGAAAAAUAUGGUUAUGUACAUUUAUCAGCUGGUGAUCUAUUAAGAGAGGAGCGUAUGAAUUCCAAUUCGAAAUAUGGAGAACUCAUUGAAAAUUAUAUUAAAGAUGGAAAAAUUGUACCUGUUGCAAUUACUUGUAGUCUUCUGGAUCGUGCGAUGCAGAUGACUGAUAGUCCGCAUAAAAGAUUUCUGAUUGAUGGUUUUCCACGAAAUCAAGAUAAUAUUGAUGGUUGGAAUGAGGCAAUGUCCAAUAAAUGUGUAAUAAAAGGAGUAUUGUUCUGUCAAUGUAGUAAAGAAGUAUGUACUCAGCGAUGCUUAAAUCGUGGUGCAGCAGGUAGUGGAAGAUCUGAUGAUAAUGAGGAAGUUUUAGUCAAAAGACAUGAAACUUACAUCUCUAAUACGUUACCUAUAAUUGAAUAUUUUGAGAAAGAAGGCUUGGUAUAUAAAGUAAAUAGUAUGCAAUUACCAGAGAAAGUAUUUGAAGAAGCUAAAGAAAUUUUAUCUAAAAUAGGUUGGUGAUGAAUUAAUAAAAAAAUUUAAUGAUCUUAGUGAGAUCAAA